AUGAGAAGUUUCAAUACCAGUUUGGGAUGUGGCUUCAUUUUGGUGGGCUUCUCCGACUGGCCUCAACUGGAACUCUUCCUCUUUGUCUUCAUUUCGAUUUUCUACUCCCUGACUCUCUUGGGCAACACCGCCAUCAUCAUUCUCGCCCGACUGGACCCUCGACUGCACACACCCAUGUACUUCUUCCUCUCGCACCUCUCCUUCCUGGACCUAUGCUACACCACCAGCAUUGUGCCCCAGCUCCUGAUCCACCUUUGGGGACGUGAUAGGACCAUCAGCUAUGGGGGAUGUGUGGCCCAGCUUUACAUCUUCCUUGCCCUGGUCUCCAUUGAGUGUGUGCUCUUGGGAGUGAUGGCCUUUGAUCGCUAUGCUGCUGUGUGUCGGCCACUACACUACACAACCAUCAUGCACCCCCAGCUUUGCCAAGCCCUGGCUAUCUCCUCCUGGGUGGGAGGCUUCAUAAACUCUCUGAUCCAGACCAGCCUCAUGAUGGCCAUGCCUCUCUGCAGCCACCGCCUGAACCACUUCUUCUGUGAGAUGCCUGCAUUCCUUAAGUUGGCCUGUGAGGACCCAGGAGGAACGGAAGCGAAGAUGUUAGCGGCACGAGCCAUAAUCUUGGUCUUUACUGCAGCACUAAUUCUAGGCUCCUAUGUACGCAUUGCUCAGGCUGUGCUGAAGGUCAAGUCGAUGGCUGAGCGCAGAAAAGCUUUUGGAACAUGUGGGUCCCACCUCCUGGUGGUUUCUCUUUUUUAUGGGUCAGGUAUCUACACAUACCUGCAACCCAUGAACAGUUACUCUGACAGCGGAGGAAAAUUUGUUGCCCUUUUUUAUACUAUACUCAGCCCUAUACUAAAUCCUCUGAUUUAUUCACUGAGGAACAAGGAUGUCAAAGGGGCUCUGUGGAAGGUUCUACGGGGAGACCGAGACUCGGGGUAG